UUCUAUGCCACGGUGAUAUGAUACAAUACGAACUGUCAAAGUGAAAUUUGGACAAAAAGCACAUGCAUAAACUUUUGCCAACGUAGAAAAGCGUCUGUAUAUUUUUCAAAUUCUACUAUCUAAUAUAUUAAUAUACUUCAUUACACAUAUAAUUUAUAACUAUUUUCCAAAUUCUAUUUCAAAGUUUAUUUCAAGAUGAGUACUAUAUUGGAAAAGAUAGCAGCUAUAGAGGCGGAGAUGGCACGUACCCAAAAAAAUAAAGCAACAUCUGGUCACUUAGGGUUAUUGAAAGCUAAACUCGCCAAAUUAAGACGCGAGCUAAUUACCCCCAAAGGAGGUGGCGGAGCAGCUGGUGAAGGUUUUGAUGUCGCUAAAACUGGAGAUGCAAGAAUAGGUUUUGUUGGAUUUCCUUCAGUUGGAAAGUCUACACUUUUAUCAACUUUAGCAGGAGUUUAUUCAGAAGUGGCAGCUUAUGAAUUUACCACUUUAACAACUGUUCCAGGUUGUAUUAAAUACAAAGGUGCUAAAAUUCAAUUAUUGGAUUUACCUGGAAUCAUUGAAGGUGCUAAAGAUGGCAAGGGUCGUGGUCGUCAAGUAAUCGCUGUAGCACGUACAUGUGGAUUGAUUUUCAUUGUGCUGGAUGUGUUAAAACCUUUGCAACAUAAAAAACUUCUUGAACAUGAAUUGGAAGGAUUUGGCUUAAGACUCAAUAAACAACCACCUAAUAUUCACUACAGGAAAAAGGAUAAAGGAGGAAUUAAUCUGAAUGUGACUUGUCCACAAUCAGAAUUAGACUUAGAAACUGUGAGAACUAUUUUAUCAGAAUACAAAAUUCAUAAUGCUGAUAUCACUCUACGUUACGAUGCUACCAGCGAUGAUCUUAUAGAUGUUAUUGAGGGAAAUCGCAUAUAUGUCCCUUGCAUAUAUUUAUUAAACAAAAUAGAUCAAAUAAGCAUUGAGGAAUUAGAUGUUAUUUAUAAAAUUCCCCAUUGUGUUCCUAUUUCUGCACAUCAUCGUUGGAAUUUUGAUGAUCUGCUUGAGAAAAUGUGGGAAUAUUUAAAAUUGGUUCGCAUUUAUACAAAGCCAAAAGGACAACUGCCAGAUUAUAACUCGCCUAUAGUACUACAUAGUGAUCGAACAAGUGUUGAGGAUUUCUGCAAUAAGUUGCACAGAACCAUUGCUAAAGAGUUCAAAUAUGCAUUAGUUUGGGGGUCAUCUGUUAAACAUCAACCGCAAAAAGUCGGAAAGGAUCAUGUGCUUUGUGAUGAAGAUGUAGUGCAAAUUGUGAAGAAAGUGUAAUUACAGUUAAUGCUGAAA